AAGCUUGAGGAUGAAUCAUUCUCCCCAGUUGCCUGUAUACUGUACAGAUCAGCUGUCUGAGUUUUGUCUCUUCUUCAGCCACCCAGCACCACUGGUACUGACACGAUGACACAAGUGGAAUGGACACAGAUCUUCCAAAGUAAAGCGAACACUCUCCAGCCAGGAGACUCCUGGCAUCUGGAGUUUGAUGAAAAUAUUGUGCCUGACAGCCCAAACCCAGGAUGGAAGCAGUACAUCAGGAACACAACUGCAAGGUUCAAGUGCACCAAGUGUACCAGAAGCUGGCCUUCCAACAAGGUGAUGGUUGUUUUCCACAUGCACCUGACAAAUGGGCAAGGCAUUGUCAAGGCAAGGCCCUUUCGUCAGAACUGCAAGGUGUGCCAUGAAGCUCCAAUGGUGAAGCCCAAAAUCACCUCUGAGAACAUCAACAUCCUCCUGGAGAAUCUGAUGAAGAAGAUAAGAAUAAAGUGCUACAAUGAAAACCUCGAGAGAGGGGACAGGCCUUUCAGGAGAGUUGAAGUCAAAAGUCCUCAUGAGCCUUCUCACUGUGAAGCCUGUAUUCUUGGCAUUUGUACAAAGGAUUCUACUUUUAUGUAUUAAGUAUAAGUUGUUGUUCCACAUCCGGCUGUUCCCAUUAGGGGUCGCCACAGUGAAUCAUCUGUUUCCUACACUGACGAUUCGCAUGGUAGAUUUGGCAGGUUUUUACACCGGAUGCCAUUCCUGAUGCAACCCUCUCUAUUUUUCCGGACUUGGGACGGACACAGAAGUCACUAAGUAUAAGUACUAGGAAGCAUUAAGUAAUAUUUGUCUUGGACUGCUUUGUAUUUAUUUCUGAAGUUGUUCUUUUGUUUUAUUUAGAGUUUUAAUGAUGUGUUGAAUCAUCCCAUUGCAGCCACAGUAAUUAUUAGAGGAGCAAAAGUCACCAUGGGUGCAAAAAUGUCAGCACAGGGAGGCGAUCAGGGCAGAUUAGUUUUUCUACCUUACCCCGGUAUGUUCUGCUUUUAUUAUUGUAAUGAAAAUAACAAAGGCCUGGUACUUGAUAACAGCCUACUGAGUCAACUAGGAGGUGCAGUAAGAUCCUACUAAUCCACAUCUAUGGUCCCAGUAACAAGUGAUAUUGUUUUUUUAUGUGCCUAAAAUCAUUAGCAUAUUUCAUUGCAUUGUUUCCUCUAUCAUUUCUGGAGUAAUUAUUUAUGUAAUGUUGCAGCCUUUUUUUUAUAUAGUAAUUUGCUCAAAACCAUCAAUGUAAACAAAGUUUUCACAUUUGUUGUGUGGAUAUUUUCUGUUUCAAAUAGAUUGGCCUAAUUUAUUUAUUAUUUAAUGUGUAAAUAUAGCACUAAAUGAGAGGGAAUAAUUGUAUAUGUAAUAAACUAUCAUAUUCUAAAUUAUGAUAGAAUAUGUGAGAUUAAUAGUGUAUGUGAAACAGAAUAAUAGCAUAUGUAAGAGAUAUUAAUGGUCUGUGUGAAUGAGAAUAGUCGUGUAAGCAACAGCAUGAUAGUGAACGUGAGAGAGAAUAGUUGUCUGUGUGAGAGUUUGAUUGAGAUGGAAGAAAGUUUGCUUGAAAAGGAAAUAAAACUGAAUUCUCAGUUCCUUAUGAGGGGCCGUAUAAGACAUUAUGUAUUCUCAACGUCUCACACACAUACAUUUUCACUCUCACAUGCAUAUAUUCUACU